AUGAAGGCUGCGGAGAGCGAGGUCCCAGAUGCGCACUUCACCGUAGAUAAACAGAACAUCUCCCUCUGGCCCCGAGAUCCUCCUCCCAAGAUGGGUUCGUCUCUGGUUCCGAGGAAGCCUUGCACAGUCCGCGCUGCGGUCAUUAUCCUGACGCUGGUCCUGCUGGCCUCCGUUCUGCUGCAGGCCAGUCUCUAUCCCUGGUUUAUGGGCACAGUGUCAGAUGUACAGGCCAAUGCCCAGUUGCUGAAAGGUCGUGUGGACAACAUCAGCAGCCUGAGUUCUGAAAUUAAGAGGAAUAGAGGCAGCGUGAAGGCAGCUGGCAUUCAGGUCCAGAUGGUGAAUGCCAGCCUGGAGCAUGUGCAUUCUCAGAUCCAGAAGUUGGAAACUGGUGUGAAGGAAGCCAAUGCACAGAUCCAGAUAUUAACAAGAAGUUGGGAGGACGUCUAUAAUUUAAACGCUCAAAUCCCAGAGUUAAAAAGAGAUUUGGAUAAAGCCAGUGCUUUAAACACAAAGGUCCGUGGACUCCAGAGCAGUUUGGAGAAUAUCAACAAGUUGCUCACACAGCAAAAUGACAUCCUGCAGGUGGUUUCACAAGGCUGGAAGUACUUCAGGGGGAACUUCUAUUACUUUUCCCGUGUCCCAAAGACCUGGUACAGCGCCCAACAGUUCUGCACGUCCAGGAAUUCACAGCUGACCUCAGUGACCUCAGAGAGCGAACAGGAGUUUCUGUACCGGACAGCAGGGGAAAUCUUCCACUGGAUCGGCCUGACCAAAGCAGGGAGCGAGGGGGACUGGUACUGGGUGGAUGACACUCCAUUUGACAAGGUCCAGAGUAUGAAGUUCUGGAUUCCAGGUGAGCCCAACAAUACUGGGAACAAUGAGCACUGUGUCAAUAUAAAGACGUCCUCACUUCAGUCAUGGAAUGAUGCUUCCUGUGACAAUAAGUUCCUUUUCAUCUGUAAACGUCCCUACAUCCCAUCACAACCAUGACAGGACUG